CCAAUUCCUGUGCAGAUGUGAGGGUCAGAAUAUCAUGCAGAUGGGCUCAUUCAGAAAGGUUUGCGGUAGCAGAGCCCCAUGACUCGACACAAUCUUGCCAGUCAUAUCUCGUGGUUGUUGUCUAACGAAAACACUCCGCCCGUGGGCGUUCCCGCGAUAGCCUCAAAUCACUCAGCGGUUGCGGCAGAAGUUUCCUAUGCAGGGCUUGCGGAGGAGGAUACAAAUCAGCCGAUCUCGAGGACUUCAGUCAACCCCCCAGUCACCCAAUCAGUCAAUGUCGGCCAAGGUUUCCAACGCCCUGCGCUCCCCUCCACAGAUAGCCAAAAUCCGCGCGUACGGGACCAGACAAAGAGCGUGGUGGAAGAAUCAAUGGGCAGGCUCUCGUCUACAUCAAGGUCGACGCGACCAGGUCUCGUAAUUCAAAAUCAACUUGCUACGCCAGCAUCUACCACCGGAUCCUCGAGUUUGACGCAAGGCUAUGCUACAUUUUUGAGAGCAAGCAAUGGCACGCCAUCUUCAAGGCCCGUCGAGCGACUGCCAUCGAAUAUCGCAAGACCCGUGCAAACCCCACAGACGCCCAAACAGACACCCCGUCCGACGUCAAAGCUCAGACUCGACAAUGUCGAAUCGGUGGAUCUUACUGGGGAUAAUGAUGUUCAUGCAGAACAAGCUUCAUCUAGUCCAAGCAGUGCAGAAAUGUUUGGGUUAUCCCAGGUUAUAUGGACUGAGGAAGCAGCAUGGCGGCCGGAGCCUGUCGAAUCUUCUCAGCCUCGUUCAAAGGCUGGAAAGAAGCGUAAGAGCGAUGAAAUAUCUACGGGAUCUGUGAAAAAUAGUGCCAGCAAAAAUCGGCGAACGGAAAAACCGAGGAGAGAUCAGCGAGCAGACUCAGAGGAUUUCAUGGAUAUAGACGAUAUGAUUACUAUCCACCCGCAAUCGAACCGACCAAAAUCCGGCAAAUCUAGUGUGGGGUCAGUCUUACCGACUGUGGAAACGACACUGAAAGACGUUUUUGCGGAGGAAUAUAGUAUAACUGAGACGAUCAGCAGAGUGGGAACCCAGACCAAGAAGAGUGUGAGUCGCCUUCCCUCCGUCGACGAAGCUCCCACCGUGUCGAGGAUCGCUCGUUCUCCUACGUUAUCAAGGAUUGGGUCUCAAUCAAACUCUGGCCGUGCUACCACACCACGGCCAAUAUCGAUGAUUCAGGUCACAGCAUCUCCUGCACGGGAAUCCGCAAAAUCUUCACCUACUAGGGCCGUUGGAACACCAAAGAAACGCCAGAAGGUACCACAAGAUCGUAUAAUUCGGGAUUCUGAUGAUGAGGAUGAGGAUGAUGAACCUAUUUCUAUGGAAAGACAAUCGAAAUUUUCACCUCGAACAUCUGUCAAGGACAGUCCCAAGGUCAUUGAUACUUCCAGAAGCAGCCCUAGGCGGAAAGACAUUCCACUUUUUGAGCCUAGCAGCCACAAGGUGAGAGAUAGCAAGGACACAAGGCCAAGAAUUUCAAGUCCUUUGAGACCGAUUUCUCGAAAUAUUGCCAUUAGACAAGACAGCGUUCCUUCGCCAUUCCAAAGAGAUUCGCCCACGAAGGUGUCUCAUGCUGCUAAAUCGCAGCAGAAUUCUAGCCAGCAGACCCCUUCCUCCACGCUCACUGACGACGAGAGAAAGCUGGCGAACCUAUUUUUGACCCAAGCUUUGUCUAUUGCAUCUUACCACCUGCGCGUGAAGAAUUUGCUGGAUAGAAACGCUAUCGAGUCCAUGUCCUAUAUAGACGAAAAACAAGUAGCGCCGCCGGAACUGAAGGCUCAGCGUCAAGCCUUAGUGAAGAUGGAGAAAGCCUAUGUUGCUCUAGAGAACCUUGGAGAGCGAUAUAGAGAUACGAUUGCGGAAAAACGGGUUAUUGCUCGCAAAGUGCUGGAACUUCUGGAUAAUGGAGUCGAUACUAGCGUGCAGGAGGAACGAGCGUCUUUACUCACUCAGGAGAUCCGGGAAAUAGAAAGAGAGACGGUCCGGCUUUUACAUGCGUCUGGGGCUAUCGAGGAUGGAUUCGGCACGGGGUCGGAUGACGACAAAACCGUUACUCCUGCACCAGCUUCAACGAAUCGUGAUUUCCUGGGUUCCGCACCUCAAGGAUCGAGCGUUGUUGCCAAUACUCAGAUCAUCUACCAGACACAGAUCCCAUCAUUGGAACAAAAUCCAGUGAGCAUUUCGAGCAAGCGAACUCAAGGACAACCUACACUACAAUCCGAACCGGCAGUUUCCCGUGAACGUUUUGGAAACCCAGCAUCGCCUUGUCGUACGGGGCGCGCUGCUCCUCCAGAGCCUGUCGUGGAGGAAUAUAAUCCCGCAAGAGAACAGGACGAUUGGCCCAGGCCUCAAACUGGUCUGAGACAGCCCAACUUUUACCGUGACCCAACUCCUAUGGAUUUUGGUUUUGAUGGCACCGAUGACAUUGAUGGAUGGCUUCAAGACGAGCAAGAAAUACUGGAGGCUACUAGGGCGAGGAAUGAGGUACAAGAAGAUGUUGAUGAUUACGGAGAAUGCGAUGAUGACGACGAUAUGCUUGAAUUUGCUCAAGAAGUUGAGCAGCGACACUCCCUGCCGGAUACACUUCCUCGAAACGCCUUGUCUGAGGCGUCCGGAAACAUGCCCAAUCCCCCAAAACGUACUCAUCCAACCGACGGCAAAAACAUGUAUUCCCAUGUUGAGCAAGAGAACGCGGCUAUACGAAAGCUUCCUUGGUAUAGAGAUGUCAAAAGGGCUCUUAGGGAACGGUUUAAACUUACCGGGUUUCGCCACCAUCAGCUUGAUGCCAUCAACGCCACGCUAGACGGGAAGGAUGCCUUUGUUCUGAUGCCAACCGGCGGUGGAAAGUCUCUCUGUUAUCAGCUACCCGCCGUCAUUCAAUCAGGAAGGACAAAAGGGCUGACGGUCGUUAUAUCGCCGUUGCUAAGUCUCAUGAGUGAUCAGGUCGACCAUCUCCGAAAACUCAACAUCCGAGCAGCUACCUUAAAUAGCGAGAUCCCGCCUGAUCAGAAAAGAGAAAUCAUGAGUCACCUGCGCGAGUCUGACCCCGAACAGUUCAUAGAGCUACUUUAUAUCACGCCCGAGAUGAUCAACAAAAGUGGAGCCAUUCAAACUCUGCUCACCAGACUUCACAAAAACAAGAAACUUGCUCGCAUUGUCAUCGAUGAGGCGCAUUGCGUAAGUCAAUGGGGUCAUGACUUUAGGCCUGACUAUGUAGCUCUUGGUGGAGUGAGGAAGCUAUUCCCAAACGUGCCUUACAUGGCAUUGACUGCCACAGCGACAGAAAAUGUGAAAGUCGACGUCAUGCACAAUCUCGGCAUGGAGCGCGCAACUGUAUACGCACAAAGCUUCAAUAGGCCAAACUUAUAUUAUGAGGUGCGGUCAAAAAAGGGGAAAGGGAAGGCUAAAGAACUCCUAGACGACAUUUCCGAGUUGAUCCAUACCAAAUACCACAAUCAGACGGGCAUCGUUUACACGCUAUCUCGUAAAAACUGCGAGCAGAUGGCUGAGAAGUUGCAAGACCAGUAUGGCAUAAGCGCUCACCACUUUCAUGCAAGCAUGAAGGCAGAUGAAAAAGCAAGAGUUCAACGGCAAUGGCAAAAUGGGCAAAUCAAAGUCGUCGUUGCAACCAUCGCAUUUGGUAUGGGUAUUGACAAGCCCGAUGUCCGAUUUGUUAUACACCAUACAAUCCCCAAGAGCCUGGAAGGGUACUAUCAGGAAACGGGGCGUGCUGGUCGUGAUGGGAAGAUGUCUGGGUGCUACCUCUACUAUGGGUACCAAGACACAAAGGUUCUCAGGGAUUUUAUUUAUGAGAGUGAGGGUACUGAACAGCAAAAGGAGAGGCAGCGAAAGAUGCUCCAAAACAUGAUUCAAUAUUGUGAGAAUCGGAGUGACUGCCGACGAGUCCAAGUCCUGCACUACUUCGGGGAAUCCUUUUCGAAGGAGGAAUGUAACGGCACCUGCGAUAACUGCAAAUCUGACGCCGUCUUUAAGACCAUGGAUUUCACCAGCGUGGCUCAAGCUGCAUUGGACCUGGUCGAAAGACUCAUGGAGAGUCGCGUUACCCUGCUCUACUGCGUAGAUAUUUUGCGCGGCGCAAAUUCAACCAAGAUCAAAAACCUUGGUCACGAUGACCUUGAGGAGUUCGGAGCUGCGAAGCACUUGCCCCGAGGUGAAGUAGAGCGUCUGUUCUACCGACUUCUCAUGGAAAAUGCCUUGGCAGAACUUAAUGUCGUCAAUAGGGCUAACUUUGUCACUCAAUACCUGGAACUUGGACCGAACUGCGAUGAUUUCAGGACGGGACGUCGUAAACUCAAAUUACAAGUGAAGGUGUCAGGCUCACCUGCUACAGCUUCGAGGCAAAUUCAAUCGAAACCUACCGCUAACCCCUCCACUUCUCGAGCUGGUAGUUCGACAUCGCGUGCUGGGGCGGCAUUUCAGUCCUCACUAUUUACCUCACCAACGGAUGUUCCACAAAGACGCGUGCGUACGAAUCGAAGAGACCCAGACAAAGAAAUGCACGAUAAUGGCUACGCUCGAGACGGUUUUGUUGUGUCUUCGGAUUGUGACGAUGACGAUGAAUAUUUCGAGCCCCCUCCAGACAGGAGGAGGCAGCGAAGAACUCCUGGCGACGGGUUGGGCCCGCCUAUCACGGCAGAUGAGCGAAUGGCAGCUCUCCCCGAAAUGCAUCGUGUUUUCGUCUACCAGUUUGUCGAGGAAGCGAAGAGAGAGGUGGACAAGAUUAAAAACGACAAAAACCUAGCGAAGCCCUUCUUCACGGAGGCCAAUCUCCGAGAAAUGGCAAUCAGCUGGACUGUGACUCUCGAAGACAUGCGGCGGAUACCUGGCAUAAAUCCCGAUGCCGUUGCUAAGUGGGGUAAGAAAUUCAUUCCACUGAUAGAAAGAUAUUCCAGUCACUACGAUGAGGCAAUGAGUGGCUACGAAGACCGAGAUAUCGACAAGAAUCAUCAGAACGUGAUCGACCUCGUCAGUGACGAUGAAGACGAAUACGGGCUUGGUGAGUCGGAUGAGGAGGCCCUACGACAAACAGAGCAGGGAUCCAAGUACUUUCAAACCCCCCAGGCCCCAGCCUUCAAUGAUCACGCAGCGAGGGUAGGUCGUCCGUUGCCAAUGCGAGCAGAAUCCCGGGCCAACUCCGCAGCGCCGAAAAAGAGUUACAGCAGAGGGAAUGCCUUCCCGUUCCGAGGGCGGGGCCGAAGCAAAAAAGGCGGGGCAAGGAGGAGCUACGGGUCCAACUCGGGUCAAAGCAGCUCUGGUGUAGCGAAGAGACGAUCCUCCGGCGCUUCCAAGAGAUCCGGUACCAGCAAAGCGAGCGCCAGCACCAGCAAGUCCGAAUCGAUCUUCAAGAGAUUUGCGAACCCGAGCACUUCCGGAGGAAGAGGUGGAAACUCAGGGAUCGGAAUGAUGCCGACGUAACAGCAACUUGAUUUCUUGUCUCGUGGCAGAAAAAGAAGGCCCCCCCUUUUUUGGCGUAGAUCUUAUCUACUACUACUCUCUUCUUCUUGAUUAAAGAGAUAGAUAGAGCAUAAGCAUAUCAUGUCCGUUCGUCUUGACGUUUUUUGGAGUUUACUACAUACUGGGCAUAGCGCACGGAGACUGGCGUAGUCGGGGGGGGGGGG